CCCAACAAACCGCAGAGAUGAACGCCAAGCUUGCGCUGCUGCUUCUGGCUGCCCUGGUGGCUGUUGUCUCUGCUAGCCACGGAUACAGUAGUUAUCACGGCUACCGCUCAUACGCCGGCCCCUACUACGGAGGCUACAGGAGCGCAUACCACGGCAACGGCUACGGAGUCUGCAGCUACGGCCACCACGGCUACCGCCACCGCCGCUCUCUGGGCCACAGCGCCUACCAUAGCUACCAUCCUCGCGGAUACAGAUACGCCAGCCACGGAUAUGGAUACGCGCCUCGCAGCUACGGAUACGGAUACGCUGCCCGCAGCUACGGAUACGCCCCCCCCCCCCCGUGCCUAUGGAUACCGCUCUGA